GGUUACCGUACGUCGGAAUGUAGUCCUAUCUGUUUGCCGUCUUUCUGCAAGCCAAGCGUAUGAUAUGUGCGUGGGGGAAGUAGUAUAAAAAGUAUGCGUAUAGUCUUCUGGUCAGGAAAGAUGAUGCACCAUUCCCGGAGAAUAUCAGCCUCUGUCGAUCACUCCUCAUCACGCAAUUCAAACAAACUUCUGCCACCAUGAAGUCAAGCUUCUUUACUCUGAUUGCCGGUUUCGCCGCCUCUGCGGUAGAUGGGUUUAACCAUGUCCAAAAAGAAGCCCACCGGCCACAGCCCGUGUAUGAAAUUGAGACCAUCCAGCCGUCGCUACAUCUCGAUAAGGGGAACUUGAAGCAAGUUCCCACCAGCUCGGUCCUGUCGUCGCGUCAAUCCACCGCUGGUGACUUUUAUGAAUGCAGGAACUCGAACCCCCCACCUGGUGAUAGCGACUGCAAUAAUGUGAUCGACGAGGUGUUUGCACUAGACCAACCCCUCAUAGUGGCAUCCAACGCGUGCCUAUUGUUUCAAUACGGAACGUGUUGGGGCUUCUUUUGCGCCUUAUGCCAACAACUAUCGACCGACACCAACUUCGUCGGCAGCCAGCUCGCCUCAGCUGAAUCCCUAUGUGUAUCCGGCGGCCAGGCCGGCACCCUCAUCAGCCCAGACGAGCCACAGUGGGAGGCCGGCUUCAUCUACCAGGGCGGUAGUCUACCCACCUACAACGUCUGUUAGUUACCAGGAAGUAAUUAGUGCUUGAUUAAUCAAGUGAAAUCAUGUUGGCAAGUUUCACUGGGGUUGCGGCGUGGGGAUGUAUAUUUCUUGUAUCUCUCACAUCUGAUGGUGUUAGAGGCAUAGGUGUGUAUAAAGAGCAAUGAAGUAAUUUAAGAUAGAGAAGAGGUUGACGUAGUAUCCAAAAUACUAACGUCCAGCCUCUCAAGCAAUCGGAACUUACUUCACUCGAGCAUUUUAGUUCUUAUUGCGUGAUAC